UUAAUAUUUUCGUCUAACCAAUCCGAUCCGUUCUCAGCAUCGUGCUCGCCGACCUUGUCCUUCGUUUCUUUCAUUCGGCUGUGUAUAUUUCGAACGUGAUUAAAUACGAUCAUCGUUAUUUAUCGAGCAGUAGUCUGUUAUCGUGCACGUUUAUUGAUAUUUCAUUCCCCGAGACGAGAAUAUAGCUGUCGCAUCCUCGGUGAAGAACAGAGUUCGUUAUUCGUCGCCGGAUGAUCGGGAGAUCCGGAAGAAGAGUCAGUCGCUGGUAAAGGUCGAGUUCAGAAUGGCGCUAAUCUGGUGGGAGAAGAUAUUUCUGUUGAUAAUAGCGCUGAUCAGUUUGAGGAUCUUCGUUAAAAUCGGAAUUCUAGCAUGGAAGAAACUGAUCGCCCCGAGUCUCGGAUUUGGAAUAAAUUUGCGAACCCAGGGGAAAUGGGCGGUGGUAACUGGUGCGACAGAUGGUCUUGGGAAGGCAUACGCUAAGGCACUUGCCGAACAAGGUAUGGAUAUCGUCUUGGUCUCACGGUCCUUGUCCAAGUUAAAGGACGUAGCUACUGAGAUCGAGCAGAAAUAUAGCGUGGAAACUCGUGUCGUGGAAGCUGAUUUAACCGAAGGCCAGAUAGUUUACGCGGAAAUUGGCAAAGCAACGCAGGACUUGGAGGUCGGUGUUCUUGUGAACAAUGCUGGCGCAAGCUACGACCAUCCUGAAAUGUUCACAAAUGUGUCGGAGGAAGUUCUCGCAAGAAUAUUGCAAUUGAAUGUGGCCGGAGUAACCGGGGUCGCGAGAGCGAUUCUGCCCAGUAUGAUGGAACGAGGAAAAGGAGUACUCAUCAAUGUGAGUUCGACAUCCGCGGCUAUACCCAGCCCGUAUCUGUCCGUUUACGCCGCCAGUAAAGCGUAUAUUGACAAACUCAGCGCCGAUUUGGCUACGGAAGCUGCGCCGAGAGGCGUCACCAUUCAGUGCGUUCUACCCGGCCCAGUCGCCACGAAAAUGUCCAAGAUCAAGAGACCGACGUGGAUGGCACCUACCCCGGAGACAUUCGUCAAAGCGUCACUGAGAACAGUCGGCAUCGAAUCGCGCACGACCGGAUAUCCACCUCAUUCUUUGAUCCUCGGCUUCAUAAACGCGUUGCGUUACACGUGCGAGACGGGCGCGGUGUGGCUGGUGGCGAAAACAAUGCUUAAUUUAAGGGGACGAGCUCUUCGCAAGAAGACGAAACUCACGGUAGAACGGGAAGUUUCGGAGGGGAACACUUUCUAGUUGUCUCGCGCGUUGAUAUCGUUUCUUCAUUAACGAAUAAAGCAGUGACACAUAAAAAAACGUUGCAGUGUAAGCAAUAAGCGACUCUAUCAAUCAAAGUCAAGGACGUAGGGCAUUAAUGUAAGCAGCAGUAAAUAUAAAA